AUGAACACCAACCACAACCAACUGCGCUCUACAAACACCACCAACACGUGCGAAGCUUCGUCUUCCACUAUAAUUCUUCGUCCUGAAGAGGAAUUCAACCCGCAAUACUGCACCCGAUGCGACCAGACACUAUGGUCGAUCGAGCUUAUGCGGAAUCAUCUCGACUUUUCUGGUCGACACCUGUAUUGCGGUACGUGCAAACGGGGAUUCUUGAACAACAACUCCUACAAGACGCACCUGAUCCUCUCGGAUUAUCAUCACUAUUGUGAUGAUUGCGAUAAGGAGUUCCAAUCCUCCUCUACUCUUAAAAUUCAUUAUGAGCAAUCGGCUCGUCACCACUGUGAUUAUGAAGAAGGCGAUUGCGAGAAGCGCGCCGACGGGUGGGAAGAUGAGCUGGCUCGUCAGCAAGAGCAAAAGGAGAACCGGGAAGAUCCUGUAGCCCUCGAAAAAGUCGAGGAGCAGGCUCCUAUGUCCCGGGUGGAGGUUGGCAUUGCGAUCUUGAAUCUCAAGAAACGCUUACAACGCCAGCCAAUACCGAAAGCCGCCGUGAAGCAAACCUGCCCGGUGUGCUUGUGUCCGUCAUCGAAGAUGAGCGUGACAAAGUGCGGGGCCCGGGCACGUAUUUUGUUCAUCAUGCAUCCGCCAGACUUUUGAAAAGAGUCAAGGGUGUCCAUCGUGCCGAAAGCCUGGUCAUCUUGGCCAGCUGCGAAAGAUCGAUUUGCAUAUACAUUAAUGCUAUCGACGGACGCUUUUCUUUAUCUUCGUAUAAUGGACAUCUUAUACUUAUAUAUAUAAACCGCAGUGCAAAUCGAAUAAAUAAACAGUCAAAUUCUCUCCGAUGUGUAAAUGGCUUCUUCCCCAGCGACUAUUUACUCCUGUCGCUGUUUCUCGGUAAUGUCGUUCCUUUCAG